AUUUUGCAGAAGAAGAUGUGUAUCAAAUUGUCAGUGAAUUGCGACAGAUGCAGGAGGAAAGCAAUGGAAGUAGCAGUCAAUGCAAAGGGUGUAAUCUCUGUGGCCAUUGAAGGGGAACUCGAGGAUGAGCUUGUAGUGGUCGGAGAUGGAAUUGAUGCAGCUUGUUUGGUUGACACCUUGAGGAAGAAAGCUUGCUACGCCAUGUUAGAGACUCUUGAAGAGUUUAACCCAGAUGAUGAUCAGGUGGAGAAGAAGCCACAAGAAGAGGAUGAUACCGACAAUUCCAAGAACAUGGAGACUGCUGAUGAUGAUAACAACGGUACAGAUCAAAACGUUCCAGCACAUUGCUGCUUAGCUGAAUGCUCCAGAAUUUGCUAUGAGCAUCCACACCCUGACAUGUAUGAAGUAGUAGUCUAUGAUUCGUAUGGUCCAACCAUUGGAUGCACAAUCAUGUAA